AGUCAUCGGGAGUCACGAGCAGCGAAGGUCUUUUACUCUGAAAGCCCGCAGCGAAGUGGCGUCGCGCUCCAAGUAGACGUCAUUUCCGCUUGUCCUACUGUGAUGGACACUCAGAAGGAAGCUCUGCGCCGCAUCAUCAACACGUUGGCCAAUAAGAAUGAAGAGCUCCAGUAUUUCCUGGACUCGGUUGACGGCACUCGGACGGGCCUGCAGGAGGAGUCCUGCAAGGUGAUGUCAGAGCUGGAGGCGGAGCUAGAGAAGCUAAGCUCCGCCUUGGAGGAAAGAGGAGCUCAGCUCUGUGACAUCAUCAAAGGGGAGAAGCAAAGAAAGGAGGCGGAGCUUCAGCGGCAGCUGUCCGAGGGGAAGGCUGCCCUGUUGUCCUGCCAGGAGCUGCUGGAGUUCGCAAAUCAGUCGCUGACCAUUACCAACGAAGAAGAGUUUCUGACGGCAGCCAAGGAGAUCAAAGAGCGGGUAACAAUGGCUCCAGCGUUCCGGAUGGCCACUCGGCCCGCGGUGUCAGAAAACAUGUCGCAGUUUACUGUCGACUUCAGUGGCGAGAAGACGGGGCUUCUGCGCCUUAACUUCCUGCCAGUUCCCCGAGCUCCAGAGAUCGACGUCUCCAGCUGCAUCGUCCGUGACAACAGCAUCACAGUCACCUGGCGACCGAGCGACGGCGACGGGCCAAUCGAGCGUUACGAUCUUGAGCAUCAUAAGGCGAACCACGGCGGCGCCCUGAGAGCCGUGGGGGAGGCCGGCUGGGAGAAGAUCAGUGACAUCACAGACACUCAGGUGACGCUCUCAGGUCUGAAGUUUGAUUCGCCAUUCAUCGUCGUCCGAGUCCGGGCGCGAAACAAGGCUGCCGCCGGAGACUUCUCUGAGCCCGUUGCCAUGGAAACCAAAGCGUUUACCUUCGGCUUCGAUACGGCAACGGCUCACGCUGAGCUCAAGAUCCAGGGUGACACGGUCACAUGGGAGCCCCAGGGGGUCAAAGGUCACGACGCACGGCUCAGGGGCAAAGAGAAUAAAAACAGCAGCCGGAGCGCCACUCCGUCGCCCAAUAAGACGGCAGGAAGUCGAGGCGGACGCGAGCGAUUCGCCGGGGAGUCCUACACCGUGCUGGGUGACCAGGAGAUCAAUGGAGGCUGUCAUUACUGGGAGCUCCGCCCCCUCGCUGACUGGAAGUCUCUCAGUGUGGGCGUGGCCUACCGGGGCAGCUUAGGACGCUUUGACCAAUUAGGGAAGAGCUCCACCUCCUGGUGCCUCUACGCCAGCCAAUGGCUGCAGAGCGCGCUGGCAGCCAAACACGGCAACCGAGCGAAGGCCUUGGAUUGGCCGCCGCCGCAGCGAAUCGGCGUUUACUGCGACCAUGACAAUGGAGAACUGAUGUUCAUCGACGUCGAUCGGCUUCGCCUGCUGCACAUCUUCAGGAGCCGCUUCCUGCAGCCGCUCGUCCCCGCCUUCACCGUGUGGUGCGGGGGAAUCUCCGUGGCAACGGGUCUGCAGGUGCCAAGCUUCAUGGGAAAUUUUGUGUCGUCCAAUCACAAUGCAGCGGCAGAUCAAUCCCUCUGAUUAGAUAUUUAUUGAUUUUAUAUUAAUUAUAGAAAAUAUUUCUAGAAGCUUCUUGUAGAUGAAAUUAUAAUCUAUGCAGAUUUUAUGGAUUUGCUCAGACUUUUAUUGUGAAGUACUCAGGAAGAUGAGCAGAUCAACAUGCUGACUUUUCACAUUAAAAGCAUUAAACAUGA